AUGCAUCCAAUUGCUACCUUUGCAACUAAUCUACAAGAUUAUAAUAGUUAUUCAGCUGCUUAUUAUCAAACAUGGUCAGCAUUAACAGAUACAUUACCAUUAAAUGUUCAUUUAUUAACAUUAGAUCAAUUAGGACCUAAAGAUUAUCUUAUUCGUGUUGAGAAUUACUUUGAAUUAUUUGAAGACGAUACAUAUUCACAACCAGUUACAUUUGAUUUACAAUCAAUAUUCAAGUCCAUAGGAUUAAUUACUAAUACAGUUGAACUAACACUUAGUGCUAAUUUACCAUUAUCUGAUAUGCGACGACUUGAUUGGCUAACUGAUACUAAGGAAUCAUCUCACGUGAAUGUUACUGAAGAGAAAUCAUUGAAAGAUACAAAUACUAGACUUACACCAAUGCAAAUUCGAACAUUUCAUGUGACAGUGGCAUAG